GACUGGGUGGUGGCGGCAAUGCGCCCGAAGCUCUUUGACAAACGCUAAUCAACCAUAGAAGAAGAAGAAGCAGCAGGCAGACUGUUUUUGUCCCUCCUGGCUUUCCGUUGUGGCGGUUUACUGACUGGAAGAAAAUAAGCGAGUUCAUCUCAGCUCUUCCUCUGGUUCUGUUUGGCCCUGCCAUGGAGGAGGCGACUCGCCUGGUGUCGACCGGAGACUGUGUGAAGCUCUGGGAUGUGGUUACCAUGGCACCGCUGGAGCAGUUUAAUCCCCACAACAGCGGCAGCCCAGUGGCUCAGGCCUGCUGGAGCUCCAACAACCAGUACCUGGUGAGCGCCAGCAGCAGUGGAGACAAACUGGUGGUUUCCAGCCUGAAGCUGGCUCCUGUUCCGGUGGUGGAGCUGGCGGAGGGGAAAAAGCAGACUCGUGUGUGCCUGAGUUCAUCCUUCCAGUUCCUGGUCAGUGGUGGUCUGGAUCACUGCGUCCACAUCUGGGACCUGAAGACCUCGCGACUCCACCGUUCCCUCAAAGACCACAAGGAAGAGGUAACCUGUGUAUCCUUCAAUGCCAGCGACAGUCGCAUCAUCUCAGGCUCCACCAGCGGUGACCUGGUUCUCCACAGUCUGACCACCAACCUGUCCAGCCAAGCAUUCGGCCACGGCAGCGACCACCCCAUCCACGACCUCAGGUUGUCCACAGUGAAGCGCUCCCUGCUGGGGACCGUCUCAGACAGCGGCUCCGUGGUUCUGUGGGACUCAAACACCCAGAAGGAGCUCCAUGUAUUUGAGGGGGCCCACAAAGCUCCCGCCUCUGGCGUGGCCUUCUCCCCCACCAGUGACCUCCUCGUGGUCAGCGUGGGUCUGGACAAGAAGAUCGUCUGCUAUGAUACGGCCAGCAGGAUAGUCCUGCGCUCCAUCCGCGUAGAGAGUCCUUUGACCUCAGUGGAAUUCACUCCGGACGGCACCGGUCUGGUGGUCGGCUCCACGCAGGGGAAGAUCUAUCAGUACGACCUGAGGAACUCCAGCGCCGCCAUGAGGAUCACUGCGGCUCACAGAACGUCAGUGACCUGCCUGCGCUUUCAGAGCAGCACCAGCAGAAGCAAGUCCAACAAACUGGGAUCAACAAAGAUAUCCUCAAAGAGAUCUAGCUCCUCAGUGUCCAGCAGCAGCCAGCCAGAUCCGGUUUCCAGCAGAGGCCCCACCCACCACAGACUGUCUACCAGCACAGGGGAGGGUGCAGGUAUGGAGGCGCCAUGUCCAGAAGCAGGUCAGAAAAGUGUGGAGCCUCCAGUUGGUGCAGAGAAGUUCGGUGGCGUUGGAAGAAACAGUCUGGACAUGUUCUCUCCUCUCCGUGAAGUUACUAGUUUGGAGAAGCUAUCCAGAGAAGGCGAGGAUCUGCAGCCCACCGGCCGCGGAAGUCUGGAUAUUUUUUCUCCAGUCAGAGAAGACCCUCUUUCUAGCUCACAGCGGAGAACUCCACUGGGAACCCAAAUACCGUCCGGGGGGCGCUAUUACAGCCCUCUGUCCAUCUUCCAGUCACCGCUGCCAAUUCAAGAAGAGGAGCCAAUCAGCUCCGCAGGUGCUGAAGCUGGUGACUCCAGGAAGGCUGAUGAAGACAGCAACUCCAGCCUGGAGGGAAAGGGGGCUGCAACACUCGCCACAUCCCAGCAGACCAACCACAGUAAGCCAACCGGACCCUUCUUUACUCCAGAGCCCAGUCUUCAGAGAGCCAAUGGCAUUCAAAGGCAGCUCAACUGCGACUCACCUGUCUACAAAACCCCUACCUCUACUGCAGGUCCGGUUCCACCCGCAACCAUUUCCUCCUCGCUGUCCCAGAGCAUUGCAGAGGUGGUUGGACACGGCGGGGCUGCUCCCCUGUCCUCUCUGCAGAUCGAAUUGAUUCAGAACAUGAUCCAUGAAACUGUGGAAGAGUGCAGAGACGCCUGUCAUAAGGACAUUAUCAACCUGCAGAUAGAAAUGAUCCGGCAGUUCUACAUCUUGCUGGUGGAGGUCCAAGGGCUCAUGGAAAAAUACUCGGUCAACGAGUCUCUGGUAGAAGAGAUUGAGAGGCUGCGAGAGGAGAACCGUCAGCUUAGAACAAAAUACUGAAGGCCCACAGCCUGUUCUUGCUCUUGCUUGAUGACAUUAUAUUGUAUUCAAUUUAAAAUAAAUAAAAUAUUUUCAUUCUAA